UCUCGAUGAACCAGUAGAUACGAAACCCCCUUUACUCUUUCUGACAACCUAACAAACCCUAUAUAUAAAUCUCCAUUCCGGAUGAUUUCUUUAACUUCAAACUUCAAACUUGUUCAUCGAUAAAUCAAACCGAAAUAUUAUCAGAUUUGCUGUAACGUUGUAUUGUUCAACGCAAAAUUUGACCGAAUUUUGAGGAUUUGAGCUUUGAGUCAAAGCCCUGUCCUCUGUUUCUCCUGUAACCACGAGGAUUAUUUGAAGAUAUCUUUCAAAACGUUCAUCACUUGGAGACAACGUUAUGUGCCACUUUUCAAACAAGAAGCAAUUUGUGUUAAUUUCUCAAACCAACGCCUUGUUCACCGACAGUCUGUUUGAAUUCUGUUGAUGAGGAGUAUUACAGUGAACACCAAUGUUCCGGCAACUAAAGGGUUGGCGGAGCUCAACCACCACCACCGGGACGAGCUCAAGCAAGUCAGAAAUGGAGCGGGGUUUGAUGGUCAAGGUCUCUCCGAAGAAGACGAGUCAAGGAUUAACGAAGAUGUGAAUAGUGGUCGCCAGAACCAGAAAAACCUGGUUCACGUUCAUCCCCCCCACGAUGCUCUUCAUAGACAACAUCAACAACAUCAAGGCUCCAUGGUUGAAUGGGAGAGGUUUCUUCCUCUUAGAUCUCUCAAAGUUCUUCUGGUUGAAAACGAUGAUUCAACUCGUCAUGUUGUCAGUGCUCUCCUCCGUAAUUGCAGCUAUGAAGUUACGGCUGUAGCAAAUGGUGUAGAAGCAUGGAAAGUGUUGAUUGAUCAAAACAAACAAAUCGAUAUUGUUUUAACGGAGGUUUUAAUGCCAUAUUUAUCGGGUAUUGGUCUUUUAUCCAAGAUCAUGAACCAUGUGACUCGCAAGAAUGUCCCAGUGAUAAUGAUGUCAUCCGAUGACUCAAUGGGUAUAGUCUUUAAUUGUUUAUCCAAAGGUGCUGUUGACUUUUUAGUCAAGCCUAUUCGAAAGAAUGAGCUAAAAAACCUCUGGCAGCAUGUAUGGAGGAAAUGUCACAGUUCUAGCGGUAGUGGGAGUGAGAGUGGUAUUCGGACUCGUAAAUCUUCUGCAAAAUCAAUAACCAAAAACAAACAUGAUGAUGAUAAUGAUGAUGAAGAAGAUGACGAUGAGGAUGAUAGUCAUACCAGUGAUGAUGACGUAAGCAUGGAUCUAACUGCCAAGGGUGGCAGCGAUAAUGGAAGUGGAACUCAGAGUUCAUGGUCAAAGAGAGCUGUAGAAGUUAAUAGCUCCCAAGCGCAAUCCGUGUGGGACAAAUUACAAGAUCCACGUGUCAGAAAAGAACAUGUCACCCAGGAAGAUAAAUUAGAAACUGUUGAAAUGGGGAAAGACUUGGAAAUCGGAGUCCCUAACAGUUCAAGUUUCGAGGUUGAAGAUGCAAAGAAAAAGUCAAUGAGCAAGUUUUCCGGGUCAAAUUUGAAAAAAGUGGGCGAUGAUUUGGAUAUUAGUAUGAAAAUUGGUUGCGAAAAUGGUCCCACCAAGAUGACGAUGACGAAUGUUCAAAAUGAAGCUUUACCAAAAGCAACCCAAUUGCUCAAGAACAUUAAUAUUGAAAAUAAUAAUACUAAUAUUAAUAAUAAUAAUAAGUCUGUUUAUUAUUCAAAAGAAUCGCCACCUACCCUGGAGCUGAGUUUAAAGAGGCCAAGAGACGUGGAAGAUGCCGAUGCCGAUGCCGGUGGCGAAGACCGGAAUGUGUUACGCCAUUCCGGUGUUUCAGCUUUCUCAAGGUACAACACCAACACUGUAUCGAACGUUAAUCAGGCUCAAACUGGAAUCGUAGGCAGCUGUUCGCCAUUAGGUAUCAGCUCAGAAGCGGUAAACGCCGAUAACAUAAAUUCCAACUCAAACGGAAACCGUAAUCAGCCGUCGAAUGGGAGCGACGAUAUGGGGUCCACCACCAAUAACGCUUUCCCAACCAAACCGGAUGACAAACCGGUUCCAAACGCAAACGGUUCAACCAUCCAAGCGGUUCACCUAACUUCCACCACCAACCUUCAACCUCUCGAGCCCUGUACUGACGGUGAUAACACAAAGGCGGCGGGGCAGCAGGUUCAAGUCCGUCACCACCACCACCACUACCACCACCACCACCACCACGUCCAUAAACUUCAGCAACAGAAAAUGGUGGAUCCCGACAUGGUUUCGAAUAUUUUGACGGUGUCGGCUGAAGGAAACGCGGCUAAUUUUGGGAGUGCCUCGGGAAGCAAUAAUAAUGAUAAUAAUAAUAAUAUUAAUAUUAAUAAGAGUAAUGGAGAAAUGGAAAAGGGUGGGGGUUGGCAGCAAGGGAAAACCGCUGCUCCGGUUGUUGAUAAUGGAGUCGCCGGAAAAUGUAACGGCGGUGAUGGAAGCGGAAGUGGAAGUGGUAGUGCACGAGGGAGCGGGGUGGAUCAAGACCGAUUAGCGCAACGAGAGGCUGCCCUGAAUAAAUUCCGUCAGAAGAGGAAAGAAAGAUGCUUCGAGAAAAAGGUAUUAGUAAUUUGUCUUCUUUCAGUGACACGUGUCAUCCAUUUAACAAUUUCCAUAUUUUCAUUUGAGUUUAAAAUUAUUGAACACAUUUUUCAUCAGGUGAGAUACCAAAGCAGAAAGAGGUUGGCAGAACAGAGGCCACGUGUCCGUGGACAAUUUGUUCGACAUGGUGCUAACGGCGUUAACAAUGAGGAUGCUGAUUCGUAACGGUUGUCAAGUCGGUGUUUGUUGUUUUUCUAUACGAAAUAAUAAGUAGAUGAAAAGGUUAACUGUUGUUGUUGGGGGUAGAUAUGAAGUUAUGAAGGGUACAUUUGAAGAUGGGAUUCAUGGGACACAAUGAAGAAUUAGAAGGAUGAAAUUUGACUGAGUCUUCGAUGAGAAUAUAUUAUAGUCCCAUGUUCCUCUAGGAAGAAGCUUUUUUUUUUUUUUUUAAAUCCGAGGAUUCUUGAUUAUGUUUGAUCUUGAACUCAUGGCCUAAUAAUGUUUGCUUAUUGCUGUUGCUUUGAUGUUCUUGAACUAUUGUCAAAGAUUAUCUUUUUAUUUGAGCAAGGUUUUUUAUCA